UGCAGCUGGUAGUACAACGUUGUACAAACGCCCGCCAAACCACUCCAACCUGGGUACCUGAGCCACACAUGACCCUGUAAGUGCCUGGGACUUCUUGGUCGUCCGAGCCUCGUCGCACCGCAGCCAAACGCACUCAUGUUCCCCCCGCCAGUAGUGCCCCGGCCAGAAAUCUACCAGGCAAACAUGGUUACAACUGUGUCCAAUCUGCGCCAGCCUUGAAGACUACUACUACUAUAACCUGUACUAUCGGGCGAUUCGAACCUCACGUGGUGUUUUGCGUUGCGCCGAGAGGAUGUUGCUACGAUAAGUGAGAUUCACCCGCAAUGGCUCAGGUGCCGGCUGUCAGCUUCGGCGCCGAACUCAAGGACGGCUACAAACCCGUCGACAACUGGGUCAGCCUCGGGAUUACCUGGCUCACGGAAAUCCAAGAAUUCUACGAAGAACGCGCCGCCAUCGAGAAGGAAUAUAGUCAAAAGUUAACAGCAUUGGCGAAGAAGUACUAUGACAAGAAGGCCAAAAAGUCCAGCAAUCUGAGCGUGGGCGACAACCCUGCCCUUACGCCGGGUUCCCUGGAAUCGGCAUCGCUGACAACAUGGACAACCCAACUGUCCACUCUCGAGGCACGUGCCAAUGAACACGGCAAGUUUGGACAAGACUUGAUCAGCCAGGUGGCCACCCCGUUGGAAUACAAUGCUCGGAAACUGGAAGAUUUGCGGAAAAGUCAUGCCGAAUACCAGCUGAAGUUGCUCAAGGAGCGGGACUCAUCCUACGGCGAAUUGAAGAAAUUGAAGGCCAAAUAUGACACGGUAUGUCAAGAGGUUGAGAACAGACGAAGAAAGACGGAAUCCUCCUUCGACAAGUCCAAAGCGCAAAGCACCUAUAUCCAGCAGCUGGCGGAGAUGAACAAUGUCAAGAAUACAUACCUGAUCGGUAUCAACGUCACCAACAAAUUGAAAGAAUGCUACUACCACGAAUAUGUCCCGGAACUCCUCGACUCACUGCAAGACUUGAAUGAGACGCGCGUUGCGAAACUGAACAAUCUUUGGCUGGUUGCUUCGACACUGGAGACCAACACCUUGAAACGGAGCACCGAACAUAUGUCACAUCUUUCAGCCGAGAUUCCAAGAAACGACCCCAAGCUCGAUAGCAACAUGUUUGUCCGGCACAAUGCUGUGCAAUGGCAAGAGCCGCCUAACAUGGUGUUCGAGCCCUCCCCGGUUUGGCUUGACUCGGACAAUAUGGUGACGGACGAGACAGCCAAGAUCUUUCUGCGCAAUAUAUUACAGAAGAGCAAGCCCCUGGUCAGUCAGCUAAAGGCUGCAUCGGCACAGAAGAGGAAAGAGCUCGAGAACGUGAAAAAGGUGCGUGAAAACAUUCGGGCAGGCAAGGACCGGCGUGAUGAAGUGGAUUGUGUCCGGUCCCAGUUCGCUGUGCAAGAGGAUCUCCAUGCCAUAGACCGAAAUCGCUUAACGGCAGAGGUGGAAGUCUCGACCAUUACCUCCGUCGUGGGGGAUCUCAGCAUGUAUGGGAAGAGUCAUACUUUCAAGUCCGAAACAUUCAAAAUGCCCACAAACUGCGAUUUGUGUGGCGACCGUAUCUGGGGUCUCAGUGCCAAAGGGUUCAUUUGCACAGACUGCGGCUUUACAUGCCACAGUAAGUGUCACAUGAAAGUGCCGGCUGACUGUCCUGGUGAACAAACCAAGGAGGAGAAGAAGAAGUUGAAGGCUGAGCGGCAAGCUGCCGCAACCGCUGCGGCCGAAGCGCCAGCAUCGAAUGGCGUAAGCUCUCCUCCGAGCCUCACGAGACAGGAUACCAUGAGCAGCCUGUCCUCGGGUUAUGCAGCCAGUGCGACGAGGUCUGUGUCUGGAAACAUUCCACGUUCGAUGGGUCAAGAGGACGGGGCGACGUCUGGCGGCGCAUCCUUGACGGCGAAUGCUGGCUCAACAGUCUCCAGCAGCGCCAGACGCAAUCGCAUUGUUGCUCCUCCUCCAACCACAUAUGUGAGUGCUCCAACCGAUUCCGGUGCAAAUGGUAGCAGCCAGCCACGAGCAAAGAUGCUCUAUCCUUACGAAGCCCGGGACGAUGGCGAGGUGACUCUCUCGGAGGGUACAGAGGUGAGAAUAUUAGAACCUGAUGAUGGCGGGUGGACAAAGGUGGAUGCCGGCUUUGGCAAUGAAGGGCUUGUGCCCACAGCCUACCUAGAAGAACUCCCUGCGGCGGCUUCGAUACCCGCCCAUGCACGCACGGCAUCAUUGGCUUCUACUUCAACCACGUCGCUAGCAUCAUCCAACACGACGGGCAAGAAAAAACAAGGCCCUGCCGUGGCACCAAAACGCGGGGCCAAGAAGUUGAAGUAUGUCGAGGCUCUGUAUCCAUAUACCGCACAGAGCGAUGCCGAAUUCGACAUGGUCGAAGGUGAACGAUUUGUCUUGAUCAGCAUGGGUACGGGCGACGGCUGGGCCGAAGUUGAAAAGAACGGCGAGACUCGUGCUGUACCUGCGAAUUACAUCCAAGAGGUGUGAUGUUGAUCUCGACAGCAACGUGGACGACACCAUCAACGUCAAUAUUGGAAUGAGCCCCAGCAUUAACCCCUGCGGCGCUCCCUGGCGCCAGCAUUGGUGUGGCAUAGCAUGACAUGGCAUGAGCUCGAGGCUUGCGGGCCUUUGGAUCGGUCGACUUGGUCUACGUUGCAUACUACCACGAGCUCGAUGAUGUUUUGGUUGCAGUUGGUCUGAGUGAAAAGCAUAUUGGUUGGCCUGAGGCGGUCCCGCCGCCUCUUAGUUUGUCCGAGACGAAAGGGAUAUUGCUUGGGGAUUACAAAUGAUAGAAAGCGAGCGUCAUAUCGAUCAAAACUGUCUAGAAAUCAAGCACACAAUCGAACCCGAAUUGCUCGUUCUUGUUGGCCCGGUUUUUGGAAAGGGGAAAAAGCAAUUUUCUGGAUCUUGAUCUCAAUCCCAAUCCCACUUUCAGCUUACUUGGAGACUAGCUGUUGCAUUUUCUCUUCUACUUCAACAAAGGUCGAGGCAGACACAUGUUUGGCCGUUUGAUUCAUCUGCUCAUAUACCUGAAAACUAUCAAUGCGCCGACUCAUAUCACUGUAAAUACCUAUUAAACCACU